GUCCAGGAAACCGCCCUCAAGAAUUAUAUUGUUUCAGCUCAUUGCUUGAUUUCUUUCAUAAUAUUCAAGCCAUCUUUCUAAGGGUUGGAAGCCCAUUCAAAAUCUGACAAGGGCUUUAUGUCUUAAGCAUCAUGUCCCGUCAAUCCUUGAUAAACUCAUUUAUUGUUCCUCCAUUGUCAGGAUAUAGACAUAAGUGUUAAAACUAGGGGUUCACAAAACUGCUUUCAUCGAUUUCAAUUCCCCAAAUGCAAUUCCAGCAUCAUUAGUGUAAUGAAACGACCCUGCAUAAUUUGGACCAAACGCGACGUCACCAUGGAGCGCACCAGUCGCGGAAGUGACGUGUCGAGCCUUGCCAGAGGAAGUUUCUAGGCGCUGGAAGAGAAAGUUUCCCCGGAGCGGUUGCGCUUGGAGCGGGAAUAACACGAAAACAGCGGCCGCUGGUGUACCGAGCGAACAGAAAGCGCGGCUUUGAACGCGUGGAUGCUCGUUACAGCGUUGGAUAGGCGUGCAUUGGAUUCGUGUGCCCGUGUGAUCGUCUCUCCGCCGCUCCUCCUCGCCGUAAGAUGGGGAAGGAGCAGGAACUGCUGGAGGCGGCGCGCACCGGGAAUCUGGCCGCCGUUGAGAAGCUCCUGUCCGGCAAGAGACAAUCGGCCGGGUCGGGCGCUGCGGGAGGCGUCGGAUCGUCCGGGAAUGUCGGGAGCGGUGGGCACAGUUCUUCCCACCCGCUCUCUAGUCUGCUCAGUAUCUGGAGGGGACCAAAUGUGAACUGUGUUGAUAGCACUGGAUACACACCUCUACACCACGCUGCUUUAAAUGGACACAGUGAGGUUGUCGAGUUACUGUUGCGAAACGAGGCUAUGACGAACAUCGCUGACAACAAGGGCUGUUAUCCUCUGCACCUCGCUGCUUGGAAGGGAGACCAACGUAUCGUCAAACUUCUCAUCCAUCAUGGGCCAUCUCACCCCAGACUCAAUGAACAGAGCGUUCUAGACUACAAAGAGUUCAAACGCUGUGGCCCAUUUGACCCCUAUAUUAAUGCCAAGAACAAUGACAAUGAAACGCCGUUACACUGUGCGGCGCAGUACGGACACACUCAGGUGGUGCACCUGCUACUGGAGGAGUUAACCGACCCCACCAUGCGCAAUAACAAGUUUGAGACGCCGCUGGAUCUGGCCGCCCUCUACGGCAGGCUGGAGGUGGUCAAACUUCUGCUUUGCGCACAUCCCAACCUGCUCAACUGCAAUACCAAGAAACACACCCCUCUCCACCUGGCGUCCCAUAACGGACACCUGCCGGUGGUGGAGGUGCUGCUGGCGGCCGGUGUGGACAUCAACUACCAGACAGAAAAAGGCAGCGCUCUUCAUGAAGCCGCUCUCUUUGGAAAGACAGAAGUGGUACAAAAACUUCUCAACGCAGGUAUUGAUGUGAAUAUCGUCGACGGAAAAAAUCAGACAGCGCUGGACACUGUUAGAGACAUGCAGAAUCAGAAGAGCAGACAGAUCGCCGGCCUCAUACAGGCUCAUAUGAGCGGCCGUAAGUCAGACAUGAAUCUUCCCCCUCCACCAGUGCCUCCACCCCAAGACAACCUGAGCCCGAAGAGAAAAGGAGAAAUGGAGCAGCAGGUCAGUGAGCUCAUUUCCGGUUUGGCUCCGGCUCCUGUGGAAGAGAGCCCAUAUGAAGCUCUAUGCGAAGCGUCCUCGUGUCACUCGCUGGACAGCCUCGCCAGCGGAAAAUCAUCGGACAGAGAUUCUGGACGACCGGACAGUGAAGCCGGGAAGAAAGAUCAACCGUCUUCUCAUCAGGUCGGUCACGUGCAGGAGGAGGAGCUCAGCUCUGAGGCGGUUUACACCAACAGCAGUGUUGAUGAACGCGUCGAGUCAGAGGAGGACCACACGUAUGAGCUGUUGCUCACCGCACAGACCAAAAUCCCCAAAAGCUCCCAAAACAAAACAGAUGAGGAGCCGUCGGCCAAGUCUUCCUACAGUGUCCUACCUCAGCAGAAGAACGCCGCACACAGUGAGCUGCGACCGCCAGCGUCCAGCAAAAACACACUGCAGCUGCCAGCACCAGCUUUUACCACAGGCCAGAAAUCUGCAGAGAGCUCAUCGAAGGAUUUAAGCGUUGCCGUUCCUGAGCAGUUCACCGGUCUGCUUCACGGUUCCUCACCGGUGGUCGACCACAGGGAGGGAGCUUUCAAACUGCCUUCUUCUGGAGUUAAGUCUUGCGAAGCUUCUGACACAUCCACCAGCGCCGCGCCUCUCCCCAAUCCCACCUCGGCGGUCGUCAUGGAAACCAUUCUCCAGGACACUGACCCUCAAGCUAUAUACGCCACAGUACACAAAGAGCCACGGGAUUCACCGAAGCGCAACUUGCCUGCUCGCGAAUCCCCGACAGCGAGGAGAAUGCCUCCGCCCGGUGAUCUAAAGCUGGCUCGUAGCCUUUCGAAGUCUGACUCGGACCUGCUGGUGUCCCCACCGGAUGAGGAAGGGACAGGGCUGGGUGGCAGAAGCGAGUCAGUGUCCAACUGCAGCACCUCGAAGAGGAGGCUGGAGAAAUCACCUUCGUUUACUUCAGAAUGGGAUGAGAGACAGAGGCAUUCUCUCUCUAUUCCCUGGAGACCACGACCCACCAAAAAAAUUGAGAAGAUCAUGACUCUGAUUGGAGCUGGCAUUGAUUUCUCCAAAGACCAGGACUUUCCUGUCUCAGGUGGAGCUGGGCGGCUGGUCGAUCAGCCUGUUGGUGAUUGGCUGGAGCAUAUAGGCCUUCCGCAGUAUGAGAGCAAGCUGCUACUCAACGGCUUUGAUGACCUGCGGUUCAUGGGGAGUGAUGUCAUGGAAGAACAGGAUCUGAAGGAAAUUGGCAUCACGGAUCCUGGACAUCGGAGAAAGAUCCUGAAUUCUGCUCGCUCUUUACCAAAGGUGAAAGCAUUGGGUUGUGAUGGAAGCACAUCUCUCGCUGCCUGGUUGGAUGCUCUGGGUCUUCAGGAAUAUCUGCACAACUUCCUGUCCCGUGGCUAUCGCACACUUGAGUGUGUGAAGAACCUUUGGGAAUUAGAGAUUGUUAAUGUGCUGAAGAUCACGCUGUUGGGUCACAGGAAACGGAUUAUUGCAUCAGUAGCCGAACGGCCCUACGAGGAACCUCCGGUCAAACCGCCCCGCCUCUCUCAGAUCAGAUGUCAGGAUCUCGUGUCACAAAGUUCAUCUCCUCUGAGUCACUCGGACUCCUACACAUGCUCAAUGGAUCCUCUGCUGCCCACAAUAGAUUCUGUGAGGAGGAAAGGACCCGACUCUGACUACGACCUGAACUCCCGACAAAGGCCCAAUGACAGAUCACAACCACAGGAGAGGUAUGAGGAACGUCAACGGGAACCUCGCUUGACCUUACGACCCCCAAGUUUGGCGGCACCUUACACGCCGGUCCAAAACUGGCACCAUCAACCUGAAAAGCUCAUCUUUGAAUCGUGUGGAUAUGAGGCCAAUUAUCUCGGCUCAAUGCUCAUUAAAGAACUUCGAGGAACGGAGUCAACGCAGGACGCCUGUGCUAAAAUGAGGAAGUCGACAGAGCAGAUGAGGAAGAUCCCCACCAUCGUCCUCUCCAUCACAUACAAGGGUGUGAAAUUCAUUGAUGCUGCCAACAAGAACAUCAUCGCAGAACAUGAGAUCAGGAACAUUUCGUGUGCAGCUCAGGACCCAGAAGACCUCUGCACCUUCGCUUACAUCACUAAAGACCUGCAGAGCAGUCAUCAUUACUGUCACGUCUUCAGCACCGUAGACGUGAACCUGACCUAUGAGAUCAUUCUGACACUGGGACAGGCGUUUGAAGUGGCCUAUCAGCUGGCACUGCAGGCCCAGAGGACCAGACAACAGCAGAGCGCUGCAGGGGGAGCAGAAAUCAUUGAGACCAAGAGCAGCCGACCCGUCCCCAAACCUCGAGGGAGUAUGCGCAAGUCAGGGGUGGAAGCAAUGGAUGUGGACAAUCACGGUCAGGGCAGCGCCGCCUGGGUCCUGGACUCUAAAGAUCCUAAACGCACCGUCAGCACCAAGUACGAGACCACCAUAUUCUGACCGGACGAUCCUCUCCUCCACGCUCCUCCCCUCUCACCUUUUCUUUCGCUCUGUGCCUUCACUCUCUAGAUAGACUCUGAUCUCCCUCGUCGACAUGAUCGAUCUCAUUCCUUCUCUCUCGGCUCCGUACAUGAAGCCAACUUCUCCCUCACCUGCUCCUUUAACUCUGUCUGUCUCACACAGUCCUGCUGAGGUUCUGCUCAUACUGUCCAACCAUCUUUUCCUGAGGCUUACACCGGCCCAGAGAAACCUUCACAAACAGAUUUUCCUCAGUCUUCACGAUUGUCGUGUCGUAGCCCUUUAAGUUUGUAAAGCUAUGCCGCUCACUUUAGGAGCAUCUUUCACAUGUAGUCUCAUCCAGACUGGCUUGAAACCAAAGUCAAACUGUGCCGAUGACCAGAUCAUCUCGGUUAGAACAGUCAUUCUUCACAACUGAAAAAACUAAAUGUUGAAAAUUUCCUACUUGACACUGUCCAAUGGAUUCUCCAUUCAUCAUUGAUAGUGAACAUUUUUUCUCUUAAUGUUCCUUUAUUUUUCCCUGUUCUGGUGCUUCUCCAGCAGACUUUGGCUGCAGUCACAGUGAGGAACUGAUGAAGAACUUCGUCACCGUCGUCCACCUCCCUUUGAGCUAAAAACCACUGGUUCUGCCAAUAUGUAGCAUCAGAUCACAGGAUAUAUGAGGCACUUUAAAUGAGUAGGGUACAAACUGGUGCCCCUUUUAGUAAUGCAAUAAAGGCACAAAUGUUUGGGGUUUUUUGGAAAGAGAACCUUGAGCUUCUCUUAUAGGUUUUGAAUAAUCGUAAUACAGAAGCAUAAAAAAAUUGAUAAUACGCUCUCGCACAUGAUUUAGAAUAUUUUCGUCAAAUCGUUUUUUAAUUUAUGGGACUUAUUUAGGUUUAGUCCAAAACUACCUAGACCUUCCUGAGCAGUAACCUAACAUUGUUUAUAACUGUGUGUUCACAUCAAACGCUCUAUAUUACUCACAGGAUUAUUUGUUUUCCACUUCACUUGCGUGAAUUAACACAGGACGGUAGUAGUCAAUAAGCUCUUUGCGCAAAUAUGGCAAUCAAUGUGAAAUGUUUCAAUUUACGUUGAAGACGCGAUUUAAAUGAAUAUCGCAGGAUCGCGGCAGUCGCAUGCCCAGUUUGCGCCAUUCACGUCUAUCUGCAAUUUUGCAUUGACUUUAUAUUUAAUCUACUCGCACAAAUAAUUCAAUUCACUCUUGGCGUAAACACUAUAACUCUAUUGCCCAUUUUAUAUUACAAUGUUAAGUAAUGAUAUUUGAGGUUUAUUUCUGAAUUGUUCAUUUGAACCUGUAUUCAGAUUCAGGUAACAUGGUUUUAUAAAUCUAAAACUAUAAAGCCUUAUUGGGAUGGGACUAGUAUUUCCAGGGAACGCUGGAGAAAUUUGUGUUUUGCAGACUUUACAGAGUGUUUUUUUUGUAACAAUCUCUUUAAAAUUCCAAAGCAAUUUACAAAAAGUUUUUUCGUACAAUGUGUUUUGGCCGACAUUAACUACUGUUUAAGUUCAUACCAUUGGGUGUUUUCUGCUUGCUCUGUCCCAUUCAUUAUGGAUAUAGGUGCCAUGUAUACAAAAAACAUUAUAUUAGUAAAAUAAAUAGCGUAAAAAAAGACUAUUGUCACUGUGAUAUCAGUGUCAGGGAAGAUCCUGACAUUGUAGGUUUAUUGUAGGUUAUGUGUUUCAUUUACAAAUAGUAUAAAAUAAAAUGAACAGGUCUAUUAUUUAUUUCAGUGGUUUUAUUAUAAACAGAUGGUUCUAAAUAAUCAUACAAGUAAAUAAAGUUUUUUUUUAAUAAUUAUCGAAACAGUUUUUAAUAGUCAUUUUAUUUUAAUUUUUUUCUGUAGUUCGUAAAAAAGCAUUUUAGCUGAAAGCAAUCAUAAAACUUGUUUGAGGUUGGCAAACAUUGCGUGGUUAAGCUCCUUGUUUCACGGUCUCUUAAUGUAAGCCCUGUUUUGUACCCUUUUCAUGAAAAGUGCCAGUAGAUCAUCAGAGAUUCUAGCUUUUUUAGUCGUUGUUUCCUUUAAAUCUAUGGACUGUGAGGACUUGAUGAAUAAUUAGUCCUGUUUUGUUACUAUGCACCUCUAGUAAAUCAGUUCAGUCCUGUAUUUUACAUCCAGAUGGGACUUUCGAAGCUGUUACAUUAAUGUCCUUUUAUUUUGCUGCCAAAAUAUGGAUUUGUGUUUAACACUGUGAUGGGAAGUGCUGUCUCACGUCUGAGUAAUCAGACCAGGCUGGGCCUGAACGUCUGAACCAAAUCACAGAAGUAUCUGAGAAGGCCGCACGCUCGCGAUGUGUCUGAUGCCAACACGUCAAAGUGAAAUAGUGUUGACUGUGUAUCAGUGACUGUAUCAAGUACUUGCUGAAUAAGCCGUCUCAUAUCAGUGUCGUGUCAAACACGUGUACAAGAGUGUCAGGGCAUAUCGAUCUGAGACGUGGAUAGGAAAUGCUGUUCCCUCUUUCAUGUUCCUGUCCUGGGAUUUGAAGGUGGAAAUGUGUUUCGAUAUUUCUCACAAGCCUUAAUCCUCAUGUGAUCACAAGAGAUGGGUGCUUAAGCAUUUACAAAUAUGUAGCACACAGAGACUUUAAAUACUAGACCCUUGACACGCUGACAGUCUGUCAGUUACAUCUGCUGCUGUUUAUUACAGUUUAGACCUUUAUGAGAAAAGUGUUCAAGAUCAUAACCAAACAAAUGUCACCCUUUAUUACCUGCUGCUUAUUUCUUCAUUGUCUUUAUUUCUCUUACACGUCAUUCUGUCUCUUCUGUUGUCAUGCAAAAUCCUUUAUCCUUCACAUGAUCCUGGCACCCUUGGAUCACAAAAUUAAAAAAAUUGCUUACUUGAAUCCGCCGACUGUUGAAGUAUGUGCCAACACAACCCAGAUAGCAAAAUAUCAUUUAACAUGGGUUUAAAAUUGGUUAGUGUCAAUAUUUAGUUAGAAAUAUGAAUAGCAGGAGUAUUUUACCCUAAUUCAGCAAUUCUGUGUCAACCUUCUUUAAUAAAGUGUGGUCCAAGGGGUUUGCCGCGGCUUUUUACCUUCCUCUUAAUUUUUCUUUUCCAAUGUGUGUUGUAAAUGUUAUCAUUUAUCCAAACUUUACAUUUUAGUUGUUGCUUUAUUUUAAUCCCUGUAUAUGUGUUUUU